UUGAAACAUUUCAGAGACGUCAAUGGUACAUCAAUAUUGAUAGCUAGUUUGGCCCGAGGCAAUAACGCUGUAGCGCUAUGGCUUUUGAAACGAUUCGGACGAGAAAUCGCUUCAUUGCCGAACAACUGCCAGAUGACUGCCCUACAUGUGGCAGCAGCACAGGGUACCGUGUUGCAAAGCGCCUUGAUCAAGAAACCAAUCUUUUUGACUUUGGAGUUUUUUGUAAACAUUACCACAACAAACCUGGAUUACAUCAAAGACGCAACGAAAUUGGAUCCAAAGUCGGUUGACGUUAGAGAUGCAUUUGGUUGCACCCCAUGUGCAUAUGCCGUGCAAGGAGGAAACAUUGACGUUGUGAGGUAUUUUGUGGAGAAAGCUCAUGCAGAAAUUGGAAGUGUCAGCCGUCGAGGUGUUUCUAUACUACUUUUUCCCAACUUCAAGUUGUAGAA